AUGCCUCUGGUGCAGGAGAUGGCAGCCGAGGCAGAGGAGAAGGAGCGACUGGCGGCCAAAAAGGCGGCAAAGAAGCAGGCAGCGACGCAAGAGAAAAAGGAGAAAAAGGAGAAGAAGAAGAAGAAGAAAAAGAAGGGUGGAGAGCCAAAACCGGACGGUUACUCCGAAUUCAUGGCAGACCUGACGGAGGGACAGCAAACCUACCAAAUGGUGUGGAAGCAGAAGGAUGACUCGACCAACCUGAUGCAGCGACAUGAGGUGGAGUUGGAGAAAGAGGAGAAGCGGCUGGAGGUGGAGAAGGAGAUCCGUCUGCAGGUGGACGAGCUGAUGAGGGAGGAGCUGAAGAAUCUACGGAUGGCGAUUGAACGAGAUUUUAGUGAUCCCACCAAACACAAGGCUCGGGCCAAGAAGAAAGGGAAAGAGAAAGCCUCGAAGAAGAAGGACAAAGAUCUGACGGCCAACAGGACCCUUUCCUCUCUGUGCGACGAGCUGAUGGAGCAAGGCCUGCUGAAGGCUGCACCUCACGUACGGCUGGCCAGCUUCCUGGGGGACUUCAGCUACCUGGGGUCGACGCUGCGAGAGGCCGACCUCGAUCCCCAGCCCUCGCUCUACGACAUCCGACAGAUUAUCGCCAUGUACGCCGUGCUGCCCCUGGGGUCGCAGGCCCUCCACCAGCGGUCCCCUGCCGUGCGCUCCAUGCUCCUGGCCGGGCCCCUGGGCGUGGGCAAGAAGACCCUUCUGCACAGCAUCUGCACCGAGACUAGCGCCACCCUCUUCGACCUCUCGGCUGCCAACAUCGCCGGCAAAUACCCCGGCAAAGCCGGCCUCCAGCUCAUGUUGCAUAUGGUCCUCAAGGGGGGGGGGGAUGAGGGCUCCGGCUGCCUUGUGACCUGUGACUGUUCCCCACCCCCGCACCCGCGGCCUAAACGUCCAUCCCCUGCCCCCCACCCCACCACCGCAGUGAUUUGGCGCAAGCUGAUUGAGCAACACGGCGGGCUGGUGAGUGAUGCGCUGGACCUCAGCUCUCUGGCCAAGAUCUCGGACGGAUACACCCCCGGACACCUGGCGCAGGCCGUCCGCUCCGUGCUGACCGAGCAGCGGCUGUUACAGCAGGCCGAGCGGCCGCUCGCUGCGCACAACUUCAUCCACGCCCUCAGCACCAUCGAGCCCAUCUAUGAGCAGGAGGACGCCGCCUUCAAGACGUGGAUCGCCAGGACCCCGUUGAUGCGGAAAGCAUUGAAGGCUCGGCGGGAGAGGGAGGCUGCGGAGCAAGCGGCCCAGGAGGCUGCGGAGAAGGAGAGGAAGCGGAGGAGGUGACGCGGGGAUGAUGAGGGCCACUAAUAAACAGUCACUGAGUCUUGGGUCUGCCCGCCGUUGACUGUUUUACACAGCUUAUGUCAGUGCAUCCACUGCUCAUCUCCCAUUUACUGGUGCCCUCCUCUAAUUCCCAAUUUAGGGGUGACCUCCUCUAAUUCCCCAUUUACUGGUGCCCUCCUCUAAUUCCCCAUUUAGGGGUGCCCUCCUCUAA